UAAAAAAAGAUGAUUAUUGAUAAACAUAAUUAGAAUNGUUAAAACUGAUGGAACAGAUGAGGUUAAAACUGAUGGAACAGAUGCAGUUAAAACUGAUGGAACAGAUGAGGUUAAAACUGAUGGAACAGAUGAGGUGAAAACUGAUGGAACAGAUGCAGUUAAAACUGAUGGAACAGAUGAGGGUAAAACUGAUGGAACAGAUGCAGUUAAAACUGAUGGAGCAGACGCAGUUAAAACUGAUGGAACAGAUGCAGUUAAAACUGAAGGAACAGAUGAAGGUAAAACAGAUGGAACAGAUGAAGGUAAAACAGAUGAGGGUAAAAGUGAGGGAACUGAUGGAAAAACAGAAGGAGAUGUUUCAUCAACAAAAAAGCCCGAAAAUGAUAGUUCUAAGUCGGAAUAGGAAGUAACAACUUUAUUGAUUAUAAAAGGAACCUUGCGUUAUUUUAUAUUCAGAAUGCCAUUAUACUGGAGAUGAAUUAAAAUUAUGUGGAGCUCAUCCUGUUAUUCCAAAUGAUAUGAAAAAUUUUAAAGUUAAAUCAAUUAAAGUCCCUGAAGGUGUUUAAGUGACAUUCUUUAAUAAGCCUAACUUUGAUGAUGAAAGAUUGCAUGCAAAGACAGAAAUGGAAUGUCUUGAAACUCCAUUAAGAUUAAAUUUACUAGAAUUAAUGAAUAAUCUAAGAAUGUCAAAGCAAGUUAAUAUAAACUCAAUAUCAGUUACAAAAUGA